AUGUCACAACAGCAGAGGUUCUGGGCAGCAGUGUCUCAGUGCCAUGCCGGCUGUUCUGAGGUGGAUUCUCUGACUGAGGCUGUGGCGGGAGAAGGAUUCCUGCUGGGCUGCAUCUCCUGUAAGAGACGAGAGGAGGUCCCUGCACGAGCCACCGUAGACUGGCAUUUCAAGCCUCUGGGAGAGGAGGAGUUCAGGCAUAUUUUCCACUAUGACCAUCCUGUAGCUGACAUCCUCCAUGAAGACUUCAGCCACCGCCUGGUAUGGCGCGGGACGCUAAAUGAUGACAUUCAGAUGGGAACCGUGUAUGUUAAUAACGUCACCUUCAAUGACACUGGGACGUAUCGCUGCACCUUCCACCGUACCCUCUCCCUGCCGCUGUCUCCUGAGCUUGUCACUGUGGAGAAGGAGGUGGAGCUUAGUGUGGUGACUGUAGCCAAUCGAGAGCUGGCUGAUGUGAUCUCGGAGAUAAUGAUGUACGUGCUGGUCACGUUCCUGCAGCUGUGGCUCAUUGCGGUUCUGAUCUACUGUUACAAGAAAAUCUGGGAUGAGCACGAAGCACGUCAAGCUAAAAAGGCUCAGGCUGGACAGGGAGAAUCUAAAGAUAACUGUGACGGGGUGCAGCUAGACUAACAUCAGCGAUUGGAUUGGAGCUCAGGCAGAAGAUCAGAGCAUUUUUUUCUUUGAGAUGGACCUGCUCAUUUACACCUUCGUGUGGCUUUGCAUGAUUACAAUUCAAAAUAAUCCUUAUUUAUCUCAUGCUGGACCUCGAGGAAGCCUCUCAGAUUGUCCUCUAUGUUAAACAAGCUGUUUAUUUCCCUUUUAAGGCAUUUUUCUUCUGAUUGGCUGCCCCUCAUAUGCAACAGAUUUGAAAAUGUGGGUGGAGCCUUUGUACCUGAGAUGACCUUAUUAGGGAUAUCCCCUCUCUCUUGUGUCAUACAAACCCAAGAGUAGUUAAAGCUGAGUGUGGGCAGUCUGAUGCCUGUGCUGUAAUUUGUAAUGCAAACAUCUUCCACUGUAACAUCGCAUAAAUGACAGGGGGGGAAAGGAAAACCUCCACUUUGAUUUAAGGCUUAAAGGCCUUAAAGGUGUGAGUAACACCUUUAAAUUACUAAUGUUUAUUAUCUCAUAAGUCAUAUUUACAAAGCAUCUAUUAAUCCCUCAUCCUGCAUUACUUUAAAAACACUAAGCCUUCAAUGAAGAGUUUGCGGUCAGCAAUCUCCGAACAAUGAAAGUGUUCGAUUAAAUUACUGCUUAUUUGCCACAGGUGAGCUGUACUCAAGUUACCUACUAUACUUAUUAGAGACUUACAAGUUAGCAGUGACUCGAGAAUAUUCCUUCUCCAUCAAUAAUUCCAGAUAAAUGUGGUCUGUUCUCCCUGUGUGCAUUCGUACACCCCGGCCUAGCAGGAGCUGGAGCAAUACACAAGAAAAGCCAAAAAAAAAGAAAAAGCCCACACUCCCUGCUCCAGUAGGACAACACGGCCUCGGUUUUACAAUGACUAGCGGUUUUAUUAAACUCAAAAGGUAGCGAGCGUCAGGGUGGGCAUUAAACAGAACUGACUUAAUGAGAAAACCCAAAAGAAAAUACAGGCCUCCCACCGGUCUCCCUAACAGGAGAAACAUUUCUCAAAGAAAACGGCUUCCCGCCCCUACAGCUACCAGGUCAACAAUAGAGAUCUUUUUACACUAUCUACAAUAUCUGCAGCCUAGCUCUUCUUAUCUAAGAAAACUCAAUCACACCACACACGGGGCUAAACACACAGCUUGUUGGAAACAGGAAGUAGGCGGAGCCGCCAGUCCGGACAGGUCCAAAUUUAUAGCCGGCCUCAUUCAGUCUUCUACCAAUGGUCAGGCUCCACCUGCAAACUUACACAAGCACAGAACAAACAACGCCACCCUCAGGUGCGGUGAGCAGCAACAACACAAAAUCAUGACCUGGAUCAUAACACUCCCCCAUCUAACAUUUCUCCCACUCAAGAAAUGCUUGACCCAUUUGACGUGGAUAAAAUGAUGGACAGAAUCUGACAACCUCAGUUUUCAAUCCUGGCCAAAAAUAAUAGCAGGAAACUCUAUCAUAAGAUCUCCUAAAUCCUAAAGGAUCGUGGUCAAGGCCUAACAAGCAAUACAGCAUCAUCAGUAUAACACGGGUUGGAUUCCAAGUGCUCGCCACCUUGCAGCACAGAGGCAGGCAGACAAGGUAGAAUCAGACUGCUGAGCUCUACUGAAUUGCUCUUUGUCUACUGCUAGACACAAGUUGUUUGGUAUCCCAGUAAACGCCACAGAUUCAUUCUUAUUCCCAGGCAAAGGCUUGACAAGAGUUUUAGGCUUUUAAAGAAUGUAUGGGAAAUGUCCACUGCAUCACCAAGGUCUGUGCAUGAGCAACCACACAUGCUAAACUGCAGAGACACCGCCCCAGAUGGUGCAUGACCGAAAACAUCUGCAGCAGGGUUUUCAGCAGCUUCAGGGGUGGCAGGGAACAUCUUUCCCCCAGCGAAUUCAUUUCCAAGAAUAAGAUCAACACCCGCGACUGGUAGCUGAUCUUUCACCCCCACCUGCUCUGUGCCUGAUACUAAGGGGGAAAGUAGGGUUACUGUGUGAAGCGGCAUGUGCAUCGUAAUUCCCCCACCAACAAAUCUGCACCAUAGUAUGACUGGUUGGAAAAAGGCAUAAUAACACAACGUGCCACAGAUACAAGUAUCCCUUAAAAUUGUGAGGGAACCUUGUCCCCCUCCCUCCCAGUCAGUGAAAGAAAUCCUUUAGAGAUAAAAGGCUUGAAAACCUCAUCCAACUCUACUGCUGGCUUAAUGCGGGGACUGUGGUGAUCGACGGUGGACGGACACUCUCGGCUCUAUAGAUGAAGCAAUUUUAUUCGGCAACAGCUCCUUUUCUUUUAGCACUGGGCACACAGCUGUGAGAGUUCGUGACAGUAGAAACAUUUAGUUCAAUUCUGGUUUAAUUCAGAAUAAAGCUGAUCGGCUGAUGUGAUGCUCCGUGACUGAGCUCAAAGCGUCCCUCACUCUGUUUUUAAAGCAUCAAGAUGGACGAAGUCAAGAUUAAAAUAAAACUGCAUUCACACUGGAAGCCUUUCACUCAUCACUUUGAAGAUGAUGGCUGUACACAUAUCCCAGGUUGCCUAGGUAACCCUCUAAUAUAUCUACUGUCAGGUCACAUGUCAAGUAGUGUCUGGUGCUCUCAUUGGUCACUCGCCCUCCUUAAAGCGUGUCUUUGUUCUGUAGUCCUCCCCUUGCUCAGAUGGCCCCGCCCCUCCCUGAGCCUGGUUCUGCUGGAGGUUUCUUCCUGUUAAAAGAGUUUUUUCUUCCCACUGUCACCAAAGUGCUGCUCAUAGGGGGUCAUUUGAUUGUUGGGCUUUUCCCUGGAUUAUUGGUCUUUAUCGUACAGUAUAAAGUGCCUUGGGGCGACUGUUGUUGUGAUUUGGCGCUGUAUAAAUAAAUUUAACUGAAAACAA